AUGAUCGGAGCGAAUCAAGUCUGUAAGGUUCUCGGCUCAGAACAGAUCGUCUCGAAAACGGGUAUUCGAGCGAUAGAAAGCAAAUUUGGAUGGUUAUUACUAGGGCAAGAUGAGACAUUGGCGAUAUCGUCUAACACGGCAAUCGGCUUUCUCUUAAAAGCAAAACUAGGAACACCAGAAAAUUUGGAAGAAGAUACGGACCCGAAAACUGACGAAAUAGAUUUCGCCACAUGGUGGAAGCUGGAAAGCUUGGAUGAACUAGAAAAAAUUCCACUAUCUAUCCAGUGGAAAUCCUAUACAGACUCCAUCAUUCAAGAUGAAGAUGGGCAUUAUGUGGCACCACUCCCAUGGAAUGAAAACAAAAAUCGUCUGAGCAAGAAUGUAGCCAUGUCAGAGGGUCAGGCAAAGGCGCUGAUAAGAAGAUUGGAAAGAGAUAAGGAAAUGAAGAUAUCAUAUGAAGCCGAAUUUGGCAAACUGAAAGAAUUCAGGUUCAUUUCCAGAGCAGAUACAUCAUUUGGGGGUAUCUACACUAUCCUUCCCCAUCAUCCGGUUGUGAGAAGAGACAAAACAACCAGCAGAGUUAGGCCUGUUUUCAAUGGUUCAGCAAAACCGAAAACAGGUUUCAGCGCCAACGAUUGCCCAGAAGAAGGACCCAACCUAAACCCAGACAUUCUUGACGUGAUACUACUGUUUAGGCUCAAUCCAAUCGCCUGGACAGCCGACAUCAGACAAGUUUUUCUCAUGGUGAAGCUACUCUAA